AUGACUGCUGUGGUCAGACCUGGGGUCAGUGUUUCAGGGCUAUGUGAGGAAGGGGACAAGUUCCUUGAGGCCGGAGAGUUGGAGAGGGCUACCACACUCUACAUGUCUGCCUUUAGGGCUCAUGCUGCCUCAACUAUGUCCCACAUGCGGAAACUGAAGUCCAGCCUGGGUGGAGUGAUCUCUACUCUAGAAGGCUGGUUGGAUGGUUAUGGGGACAACCAGCCUGCUGAGGGUCUCAAUAAAGGUCUUGCAGCCGUGUUUCUGUCCACGCUCUGCCCCAACAAUCUGUCCGCCACCAUUUUCAAAAUGGAGUCUCUCCUUCAGAAUGGUGGACAUAGCUGUGAGGAGAUUUUUGCUCGCUGCACUGCUCUGCUUGAAGGGAAGCACAAUUUUCAUUCACAAGGUAAUACUGGCAUUGUGUUGGAGAUAACACAAGCUCUGGCCUGCUUGUUCUCUGAGCCUCACAGUGUCAAGGGGCUGAAGCUUUACCUCAGGGUUUACCUAAGCAACAAAUCUGAAACUGUCACUCUCAUUCGAAGAAGACAAUCUCAGCACCUUCCCAAAAUAGUGGAGGCUUAUAGAGACCAACUACUGCAAAUAAUUCCCUCUUUGAUGUUUGACAAUGAUUGUGCAGUAAUGUCAAAGGAGUAUGAAAAGCUUGAUGUAGAGACUUCUUCAACAAUUAUUGAGUUUUUGUUAACAAUCUCCCCUGAUAAUAGAGAAGUGCAGGAACUCCAAGCAGCAUAUUUGUUUUUGAUAGGCAGGUUUGGUGACAGUGCAGAGGUUUACUCGGCUCUUUUGAAUCAUGGUCAUUGUCAGAAAACAGAGAGUAGUGAGGACAUGUCAUUCAUAGUAACUCAUGAGAGAAGAACAAAGCUCUUAACGUGUCGAGCAGCAGCCUGCUUGUCAGCAGGUGGAAGGACCACAGAGGCAUGCAGGGACCUGGGAGAGGCAUUUGAGACCCAUCCUGCAACUGCCAGGAUUUAUUUCCAAAAGUUAUUCUCAGAUCAAGGUGCAGGGAUGGCUGCUCGCAAUCAUCUCCGUCAGGAGGCAGAGAGGGGCCUGUCUGGUUACAGAGAACGGGUCCUCAUCCGUCCAGACCUUCGAUCUACUGAUGGAGUCGAACUCCUGGAUCCUGUGAUCAGUCAGUUACGGACUCUGUGCCAUUUGGAGCCUGACGGCGGAAGCAGAGAGCUGCGGGUACGACUGGCAGACUCUCUUCUACUCAGAGGGGAGCACAAAGAGGCACUCUCUAUCUGCAGCCAGCUAGCUUCUGCUCAAGGUCAGCAAAGCUAUCAAAACACUGUACAGGUUCUUUGUGGAUAUGCACGACUUCUCUCUGAUGACCACAAGGGGGCGUUAGAAGACUUCCAGGCUGUGAUUGAACACAAUGCCCCCCACCCAACCAGCUGUGUGCGGGCGCUGUGUGGAAGGGGCCUCCUGCGCAUGAUGGGCAGCUCAAACUACCUCACAGCUCUGGACUAUGUGACCGCCAGCAGGCUGCAGCCUCAGGAAACAGCACUGACUGUUCGCUGCUUGGUGCCAUGGAACUACCGGGGACUCCUAGUCACUGUUUUACUGGAGCAAGGACGAGUAAUGCUGGAGGGGACAGGGGAGCAUGAAUCCAGGUCCUGUUCCCAUGAAGACUCCAACAACACCAGAAAGGGGAUCAGCCACAAGCUCCAUCAAAGAGAGAAAACCAGAGAUCAGGGUAUAAUAAUUCCUGCUGGUGUCCACUCCCUGGCUCUGCUGUUGAUGGAGCUCCAGCCCGGGAAUGAUGCGUCUCAGAUAAUGGCGGCGGAUGCCUUGUACCAGCUGGGCCGGGUGGAAGAGGCCUAUCGACUACUACUUUCCAUUGGGCCCAGCAGUCCACGGGCAUCCAUACUGGCUCGCCUUGCCCUGCUGCAGCUGCACAGAGGCUUUUUAUAUGACACCAAUCAGCUGUUGAAAAAGCUCAUCCAUUGUGGUGAUACAUGCUGCUUGCGCCCUCUGUUGGCGGUGGCACAGCAAAAGGAUCGGACACUCCUGCAGGCACACUGUCACACUGCUGCUAAACGCAUCCUGGAGGGCACAAAAGAGGAAAGCGCAGUGAGGGAGGCUGUGGCAUAUCUUUCCAUUGCUAUCAUGGCCUCUGGUGGUGAGGCAGAUGACUCUUUGCUGGAGAGAGCAAGGUGUUAUGCCUUGCUGGGCCAAAGAAAGACUGCCAUCUUUGAUUUCAGUGCCAUUUUAAAGCGUCACCCAAAACAUGUUCAUGCACUCUGUGGAAGAGGCUUCACGUAUCUCAUGCUGAAUCAACAACAGGAAUGCACCAAUGAUAUCUUAUCAGCACUUCAGAUGAACACAGACAUAGUCACCAAAGACAUCCUGUCCCUCAAGGACAAGGCACGCAAGCUGGUCUGUGAUUGGCUGCAUCAGUUCUGUCGAUCUAAUCUGUCAGACAUCCUAGUCACUAACGCUGUCCCCUGCCAUGAAGAGCUGCUUAGAAAGGCUUUUAUAAUUGGUGGAGCUCUGAUGAGGACUGAUUGCAGAGACCCCAGGUGGCAUCUCCUAUAUGUGGACACACUCUUAGCCAAAGGUGACGUGAAAGCAGCAGGUGCUCAUCUGGGCCAGGUGUUUGGCCAGGAGCCAAGAGAUGCAGUGGCUCAAGCCAGACUGGGUGUGGUGGAGGCCUGGCAGAGUAACUAUCGCUGUGCGGCUCGCAGGCUCAGCAAACUUAGUGAGAAAGAAUCAUCCAGUCUGGACUUUCUGCUGUCCUUGAUGCCAGUAAAUCAGCGAAAACUCAUUGCACAGGCAGCAGCAGAGGAAGCCAGCAGAGUGUCAUCAGGUGGUCACUGGGAUCAGGCCCUUACACUCCUGAAUGUUGCAGUACACGCAGUGGGAAAUCAAAGACUUCAGUAUCUUCGUCAGCGGGCUGCCUGUCUCUCUCAGCUGGGCUUACAUGAACAUGCUAUAGCUGAUCUAGAUAAAGUUAUCCAGAGACACCAGGGAACUGACUCCAGCUGCUCAGAUGAACCUCGAGUUUGGGCGGAGGACCUGUGUAGACGUGGCCGCAGCCUGCUGAUUUGUUCCAGGGAGGGAGCAGCUCUGGAGGACUUCACUCGAGCUUUGGAGCUUCACAAGGACCAGACCGUCCAGUGUGUGGAGACGGGUCUGGGGAGGCUGUGUCUGGCUGAGUGCUUCCUGCGGGGGGCGCUGCAGCACUAUGGAGAGCAGCAGCUCAAUAAAGCCUGGGCAUUUAUUGAAUGUGGCCUAAUUAUCGACCGUGAGAAUCCAGAGCUUCGCAGACUGAAGGCAAAGGUCAAACGAGAAGUUACCAGCCCCUGUAAUGUCAACUAGUGAGGAUAGAAUCAAUAAGUAGCUCCAGCUGAGGUCACAUAAUGUAACCAUGCAAGUGCCUAUACCUUUAAGUGCCUGUGAGGAACUUUUGGUUUAAAUUGAUUUAGGCAAGCCCUGUGGACAACGUAGUACCUCUAACUUUUUUGCUGAUAUUGUCUUGAUUAGUAAUUAGCAUUUUUUGAUAAAACAUCUCAUCCUGUGUUCUUUUAACACUAAAACAUAUUACUCAUCAUGAAUCAGAAGUCACAGGCAUUAAACAUUACUAUAUAUAAAUGAUCAGUUUAAUCACUGAUGUUCUUGUCUGCUGUAAGCUUAUGUAGAGGCAUCUGUAUUAAUUUCAGCCUGUUUCAUGACCACAAACUCCUCAUUGGAGCUCCAGCAUGUCAGAAAACGUCAUUGAUUGGAGCUCAAGUUAAGGGCUUAAAUAGGACAUGCUUGAAAAUUCUUAGAGGACACUUAACAUCACACUACAUCACAUUACGUAUACAUCUUAUGUCUUCCAACUUCAAUUCAGGUCUUAAGGAUAACUGGAAAGGUUUGUUCUAUUAUUCAUUGUAAUUUUUCAUGCAUCAUAUGAAUAUCAUUCAUUCUUUAUAUAAUUAUUAUAUUAGAGUAUGAAAGGUAAAGAUUUGUAUCACCCCUAAUCAUUUAAAUGUUUAAAUAUAUAUUUGUAUGUGUACCACAUAACGUUUAUAG